CAAGUAAACAUUUAAAGAAGUUUGCACUCCAAUGCUGGUGAAUUUACAUGAGUACUUGAAAGCAACAUCUGGAUUCUGAGCUGUUUCUUUGCCCAAAAAUAAGUAAAUCCCAGCCUUUAUCAAGCUGGUGCUUCUCCAGAUGUUUGGGACUACAACUUCCAUCAGCCACAGCCAGCAAACAUCUGGGAGGGGCACCAGGUUGGCAAAAGCUGCUCUAUCCAUUGCACCACAAAGCCUCCCUUGGCUCUGCCAAGAUUUGCAUUUGGCCAGUGGAAUCUAUGGCUGCUGCCUUGCACUCACCUGUUCUCUUUUUCUCUUUUGUUUCAGGAAGAUGUCUGACGGCUUUUCAGUAAGUAUCUGCUCUCCUGAUGCAGUAGUGCUUUUGAUGCCAAUUUUAAAAAGGAUUAGUGUUGUUGCUGUGACCUGAGACCCUCACCUGAUCUUGGCCUGAGAAAGCGGGGCCCUUUCUGUAUCAUCCAGAAAGCACCAGCCACGGUUUCAGCUGAGACAUUUAAUUGCACGUUUAGUCAAAACCCAGUUAAAACUAUAUAUCAGGUUUUUUCCGUCUAUAAGAUGCCCCCAUGUAUAAGACGGCCCCUAUUUUGGGGGCAACAACCAAUCGCCAGUCCACACUCGGCACUAUCCGUGUAUAAGAUGCCCAUUGAUUUUUGACAUUACACUGGUACCUCUUGUUACAGACUCGAUCUGUUCUGGGGCACUCUGAAAAUUCCGCAACUGGAGCGUGGCAUGAUAGAGUGCUUCCGCGCAUGUGCAAGUUGUGCAGAGUGCUUCUGUGCAUGCGCACAUGGCAAAACCUAGAAGUAUACCCAGAAGUAUGGUAGGGACUUUAUCUUCUUUCCAUCUCUGGGCUACUGGCAUGUGCACGGCUGUCGUUGCAUAAAUAAAAAGUCUUUUCUGCUCCCUUGGAAUAUCUGCAACUAUAUUUCCUAAUAAAAAAGACUCUGGGUUUUAUUUUGACAAAAGUUAAUUUGAAUUUUUUCCCAUCUCAUUAUACAGUGGACACUCGGGUUGCGAACGUGAUCUGUGCAGGAUGCACAUUCGCAACCCACAGCACUGGGUCUGCGCGUGCGUGGAUUGCCAUUCGGCGCUUCUGUGCAUGCACAAAGUGAGAUUUAGCACUUCUGCGCAUGCGCGACCCCCGAAACCCGGAAGUAACCCAUUCUGGUACUUCCAGGUUUCAGCGGGUCUGUAACCCAUAAAAAACGCAACCUGAAGCGUCUGUAACCCGAGGUAUGAGUGUAUAUCGUUUCCCAGAAUGAUUUUAUUACCUUACAAGGCCACCGUAUAUGAUUUUUCUUUACAUUUCCAGCAAAUAUUUGGACCUCUUAUACAUUUUUGCUAACUGUUGCUUUGUUCUCUACACAGUUGUCUGAUGCUCCUGUCCAGAGCGCCAACAACCUGAACGCCAACCCAAAUGCCCAGCCAAACCCUUGGGGAAAUCAGCUCCGGCACUUUCCCAGGAUAUCCCGGAGCGUUCCCCGGCCCAUAUCCUGGAGCACCCGGCGCAUACCCAGGGGGCCCCUGUCGCGUAUCCUGGAGCACCCGGCGCCUCUCCAGGGGCCCCCGGGGCCUAUCCUGGGGCCCCACCCCCCGGUGGCGGAUACCCAGGAGGCCCACCCCCGCCAGGCGGAUUUCCCAGCGCACCUGGAAUGGUUCCACCAGGUGCCUCCGGCAUGUAUCCUGGCCCCGGACAGCCCCUGA